AAAUUGGAAAUCGAGCAUACCCAUAAUAAAAACGGGAAAUGUGCACAAAAAAUCGACCAUAAUUGAUGAAGCCAUCUUGCAGCAAAAAAGCUACAAAGUAAAAGUAAUAGCAACAAUGUCGAAAAUAAUAGAAAUACCUGUGCACGUACAAAAGCUGCUGACUAUAUUCAGGACUAUAAUACCCAAGCUAACAAAUGGAAAAUACAAGGGUCAAUAUGGCCGUAUCGGCGUCAUUGGAGGCUCCUUGGAAUAUACUGGAGCACCGUAUUUUGCAGCAAUAACUGCUAUGAAAGUCGGCGCAGAUCUUUCGCACAUCUUCUGUCAUGCCGAUGCGGCGACAGUUAUUAAAUCCUACAGUCCCGACUUGAUUGUACAUCCCGUCCUAAACCGUGAGGAUGCAGUGGAGGAGAUUAAGCCAUGGAUCGAUCGAUUACAUGUUCUCGUGAUUGGACCCGGCUUGGGGCGAGAUGAGCGUAUUCUGAAAACUGCCACAGAUAUUAUUAAGUUUUGCCUGGGGAUUGGCAAGCCGAUUGUGAUAGACGCCGAUGGGCUGUUUAUUUUAAACAAUAAUAUCGAUCUGGUGUGCGGACAACGUGAUGUCAUUUUGACACCGAAUGCUGUCGAAUUCGAGAGAUUAUUUGGCAAGGAUCCAGCCGCUGCGAGCGAAAAGAUGUUGCUUCUCGGCGAUGGGGUUGUGGUCCUCGAAAAGGGAGCAAACGACAAGAUUCAUAUACCACACACCAACGAAGUGUAUGCAAUGCCAAUCGGUGGAUCGGGUCGUCGCUGUGGUGGUCAAGGGGAUUUGUUGAGCGGUUCUCUGGCAACGUUCUUUUAUUGGGCCCUGCAGUCCAAUCAAUCGAAUCCGGCCUAUUUAGCUGCAUGUGCCUCAAGUUAUUUUGUGAAAAAAUUGAAUUAUGCAGCCUUUCAAAAGCUGGGACGUAGUUUGGUUGCCAGUGAUAUGGUUAAUGAGAUAUCUACGGUGUUUAAAACUGAAUUCGAGAAUUCGAACUCAGAUUAAUGCAAUUAUAGCAUUCUUUGUUAUCUAGUACAUAGAGAUCUGUAUUGGACUGAUUUUAAAAUUGUUGCACUAUUAUUAUAUGCAAUAUAUAGAACUAUGGAAUUUGUAAGCUAGAUUCAAAAUAGCAAUAAGGUUUUCCUCGUAUCGAACUCAAUAACUUGGUGCCCUUAACAUAUAUAUAUAUAUAUAUUAAUGUGCGUUUUAUGCAUUUUCGUAUAUCAUAAUACUUAAUUAAUAAAUUAAAUAUUCUGUUGAUGCCAAAA